GGUAGGUAUUCCUCACCGAUGAUGAUGCAUAAUAUGAUGAUUUAUUGUGUAGAUGUUAUAUGUGAUGAUUUGAUGAUUCGAUGAUAAUGUUUGGAUUCGAUAAUGUGAUAGUGCGAUUAUUUGUUGAUUCAAUGUUUAGAUGGUAAUGUCUAUAUAUGAUGACUUGUGCAUUUUUAUAUGUGUUAGCUAGUGAUGAUGAAUUUAUAUGGCUAUGAUGACUUGUGCAUUUCAAUAUGUGUUAGCUAGUGAUGAAUUUUUAUAUGGUUGUGAUGACUUGUGCAUUUUUAUAUGUGUUAGCUACUGAUGAAUUUUUAUAUGGCUGUGAUGGAUGAAUUAUAUGAUUUUUGGGGGAGAAUGGUAUGUUGGGAUUAAUGUUUAGAUAUGGGCUGUGAUGGAUGAAUUAUUGUGGGCUAUGAUGGAUGAAUGGCAGUGAUGAUUGCUCAAGAACAUACCAUUUUUGGGAUGAAUUGAUGUGGGCUGUGACUUGUUUUUUUAUGGCUGUUUUUUUUUCAUAAGGACAGACCCUCUACACUUGUUCUUAUAUGGUUGUUUACAAAAUUUUUGGGAUUUUUUGGGUCCAAUGGGAUGGAUGAAUUGAUGUGGGCUGUGAUGGUUGAAUUAUUUUGGGGGAAAUGUGAGUUUUGGUAUGUGCCUUGUGUUUUUUAUGGCUGUUUCUUUUUUGCAUAAGGACAGACCCUCUACACUUGUUCUUAUAUGGUUGUGUACUUGUGUUUUUUAUGGCUGUUUUUUAUAUGGUUGUUUCUUUUUUGCAUAAGGACAGACCCUCUACACUUGUUCUUAUAUGGUUGUUUGCAAAGAAUGUGGGAUAUUUUGGGUCCAAUGGGAUGGUAAGAACGGGCCCUCUACACUUGUUCUUUAUUUCUUUUGGGGGUGGGGGCAGUUGCAAAUGAUGGUAAUUGAUGCAUAAUUUCUGAGCAAAACUGAGGCCAAACUUAUUAUAUGUCAUGACUUGUGUUUUUUUAGGUACAAAAAUAAUAUAUAUGUGACUUGUGUACUAUGGGCUAUUUUGGGUGAUUUUGAGGGAAAUGGGAUGGAUAUGCAUAGGGCUGUUAUUAAAUGAAGUUAGUGAAAUUAUGGCAUUUAGGAGAAUACGAAGUAUUCCGAUUGCCAAAUAUGGUUUGGUCGGGUUACUGCCUACACGGUACCGACCAAGACAAAUUCGUUCAAAUAAGACAUGUCUAGAAAUCUAUUAUCGUUACCAAUAUCCUAGAUUGCUUUCAAGGUCAUUUCUUUAGGGAACCCCAUUCCCAUAAAUUCAGUAUCCAAAGCUGGUUGCUGUAUCUAUGGGAAUAAGGGUUCCCUUACGAAAUGAUCUUGGACGUAAUCUAGGAGUUUGCUGACGAUAAUGUUAGGGAUCUUGGAUGCAAUCUAAGGAUAGGAAGGGUUUUGGUUGCCUGUGUGUUCUAUCUGCGUCCGCCUCAUCAGCAGAUAUGUAGCAUCCAUGUUCCUCGAGGCCGGAGCAGACGGGAUCUCGACCUCCACAUCCAUAUCCCACUGGAACUUGCUACCGUUGCCACUAUCUUAUGGUAGUGACAUUGAUAGGAAGUUCGAGUGGGAUACUGAUGUCGAGGUCGAGUUCCCGGCUACUCCGGCCAUGUUGAGCAUGGAUGCUCGUGUUCCGUCAACGAGGCGAACGCAGGUAGGAGAUAGAGGUAUAUCAAACCAUCAGAGAAUGUGUGUAGAUGCAAUUUUCUGUUUAAAAAGUACUUUCUUCCUGUACAACAAUCACAUAGGACAUGUCGUAGCAAGGCGAACCAAUGUCGACGACCACUACUGGGACUACUUCGAGCCAGAAUCCUAGGACCCAGAAUAAGAUUCCUAAGUAAGUCUACACCAUAACAGAGGUGGACGAUAUUGGAUAUCCGACGGCUUCGAUGAAAGCUGUCAAAAAGUUCCCUACGAUAUGUGGAGUCCUAGGGAGGCGGAACUUCACUAUUCUGAAGGACCACAUCGAUCUGGUCCCUCAAGAAGAAAAAGAAGAGGCCUGGAGGCAGUUCAAGGAAAGCUUUCAAUACCCUACAGGCAGGACUCAAGCGGCAGGCUAUCCGCAAGAUGGGGAAUUGUUGGAAAAAUUUCAAGACAACGCUGGUCACGGAGUACGUCCUCAACCCCGCCUAGCCAAAACCAUUUGGGAAAUACCCAUUCAUCACUCGAACCAUGUGGGAUGAGUUCCAUGCCGCCAAAUCAACGAAAGUGUCUCGGGCAAAAAGCAAGGCUUACCAGGAUCUGCAGGCAAGGAACCUUCACCCGCACCGGCUUGGCACUGGAGGCUACGCGGGGAAACAGGAAGAAUGGGACAAGGAGGAUGAAGCUGCAGCAAAAUCUAACACCCCGCAAGUGCUUGCUGAUAUCCCGAUCCAGCGGGCAAGGAACUGUGCAAGGGCAAGGGUGAAGAAGAAUAGUGAUGGAACUCUUUUGUUCCCAAAUCCCGAAGAUCAAGCGGUGUACCAGAAAAUCGUCGAACUGAAUGCUGAGAGACAGGCCUCCCAAGAGGUCUGCUCACAAAGAUGCGAGGAUGACAUCCUCACGAAAGCGUUGGGAAACGAAGAACACCAUGGACGAACAAGGGGCAUUGGCUCUAAUGUUCCAUGGAAGUUUAGGUUUCCCCAAUACGUGUGGCAGUACAAGAAGCACAAGCUUUCAAACGCACAGAAAAUUGCACGCCUUAAGGACCAACUUCGGGUGGAGCACAAUCCCACGCAGAGGCGUAGCAGCUGCACAUCAACUGAGGCUCCGGCAGAACAGCCUGAAGGCCCCGCCGCGGUGGACCAUAUAACGGAACCCACAUCGUGUACCCUAGUCAUUAGGGUGACACCAGGAUUUGCAAUUCCUGCCGCAAAGGGUCAAGCGUUCAAGCCUACCUCGGAGACCCGAGUGCAUGGGGCGCAACUGCUAGCCGGCAAUGCCAAAGUUCAGGUGGACUUAGUGAAGCCCGAUUGGGUUGGCUACACUAUCCCGCACCCUCCUAAUGACGAAAUUCUGACCCUUGGGGCUGCACGUGGGACCUUUAUUCAAUGGCCCAAGCACAGUAUUGAGAUCAAUAUAACUCCAAGGCCAGCGCCAACUUCUCGUCCGCCGCCGUCGCAUCCCCAUCCAACUGUUGUAUCUCUCCCUUCUGCCGUUGAAGAAAGAGAUGAAGAUCUCCAAUUACAGUAUGAUACAAAAUUUGGGGUUGAUGGUAUGGAGGUCGACAGCAGGCCGCACCUCCCCCCUACUACCAAAAGGAGCAAGAGGGCGAAAUCUUCUCCACCCAAGCUUGACACACGCAGAAAAGCUGUUGGAACGGGGAGAGGAAAAGGAAAGGUGCCAUUAGCCCCAAAAAAGCUUGAUCUUGGCAAGGCGCCAUUAGCUGCUCAAAAGCCUCCGACCGAAUUCACAUUGGGCAUGCCAUUGGUCGGUGACGAUGCCUUAUUCAAGAUGGACCCUGCAUGCAAGGAGUUGCACGGGUACUACAUGGGGAAGUCCAACGCAAGGAGGAAGAAUAGAGAGACCUCCAUGUUGGGCUAGCAUGAUAGUCAGCCGUUCCUCGGGCCUACUGCCUUCAUCACCGUAAACUUCAAAGAUCUAUGGGACCUCUACAGGGUGCGAGCGAUCGAUACCAACCUCCUUGAGUGCUACUCCUUGUAAGUAUUUCUGGCUACCGAUAUGGUAGUAACUGUCCAUAAAUUACGCUUACCCUGACUCUUGUCUUUCUCGUAGGUUAACCUGGAAGCAUGUCCAUCAUAAAGCACCCCAUGUUGCCUUACUCGAUCCAGCUGUCGUCAAUGAGACAACGCUGAAAAACGAUCGAGCCAACAUUGUGGACUAUAUCAAGGACUGCUUAUUUGCCCGUCAAAGACAAGGACUUCAUUAUGUGUGCCUACAAUCAACAGCGUCAUUGGAUUCUUCUGGUAAUAACGCCGAAGUGGAGUUUGGUACACUACCUUAACUCCAAUAUCAAUCCAAAAAUAUACGAUUGGUCGGCCAUCGAAUCUGCCUUGAACGAGGCAUGGGACCAAUACGUGGCAAGAGGCGGGAGGCAUAAGGAUGGGCAUCCCAAACUCGGUCACAAGAAAGACUUCCUAAUACGUUAACAAGUUGGCAACCAGUGCAGGUUCCAUGUCUGCCAUAACAUGAGGAGCUUCGCAGACAAGGAAAAAAUUUCAACGAUUCCGGAAAUCAACUUCGAUAUCAUUAGAGAGGAGAUAACACAAUUCAUACUAGAUGAUCUCUUGUCACCGAAAGGGAUGUUUAAAGUGAAGUCCUAGGUAGCUCGUCUCGGAAUGGCAGAACAUUUGCAAUGCAUAUGCGACAAACAUUUGAUUUUUGUAAAUAUUCUUUGUAAUACAAUUAAAUUCUUUAGAGUAAAGUCCUAGGUAGCUCGUCUCUAUAUAUACUUGUAUUUCUAAUUACAUAUAAAAUUGUUCCAAUUUAUAACUUAGUUUUACAAGUUUUGAUGCAUGUCGGCGGUUUGGAGAAAAAA